AUGACUCGUUUCGGUUUCCUCUCUUUGGCUCUGCUCUCUCUUCAAGCCUUCGUCGGCACCGGCUUUGCUGCCGAGGCUGAACCUGUUGAAGCGGAGGCCCCUGUCCUUGCUGUGUCUGCCCAGGCUACCUUCCCAGCAUCCGAGAUCUUUGGCAUUAAGCUUGUCAAUGGUCACCCGACUCAGGCGCUGAUCGCCGUCUCCAACGAUGAGCCGAACCCUGUGACCGUCAACUUUGUCGGCGGUGCUCUUCGCAACCCUGAAGACCAGGCUCAGAUUGCUCGCAACCUGACCGCUACCCGUUACGGUGUCGAGAUCCCCGCUGGAGCGAAGGAGACCAUUAGCUACAGCUUCGCCACUGAGAUGCACCCCCAGGACCUCCAAUUGACCUUGUCUGCUAUCCUCUCUGACAGCGAAGGUCGAUUCUUCACUGUCACUGCCCACAACGGAACUGUCAGUGUCGUUGAGGCUGAUACCAGCAUCUUCGAUCCCCAGAUUAUCUUCCUUUACUUCUUCCUUCUGGCUUGUGUCGUCGGUACCGGCUACUUCUUCUACUCUGUCUGGAUCGCUCCCUACUUCCCCCAGAAGCGCAAGCCCACCGGAAAGACCGGUGAGAAGCGCACUCAGGCCUCGAAGCGCGUUGAGACCCAGGUCACCGAGGAGACCUCUACCGGCGCCGCUACUUCCUCUUCCACCUACAACGCCGAUUGGAUCCCCUCGCACCACAUUUCCCGCCCCGAGGCCCGGAAGGUCAAGGGCCGCUCUAAGGCCCGUGCGUAA